AAAAACUAAAUAAAAAUAUUAGGUUCUACCGAGGGUUGAACUCGGAUCGCAGGAUUCAAAGUCCUGAAUGCUAACCAUUACACCAUAGAACCUUGGACGAAAACUCUUCUCUAGUCAUGACGUCAGUAGAUGAGGACUGAACUACUCGGUAACGUGAUGGUGAAUGAACACAACCAUGUCGCCGAUGUGUUAUUGUUUGAAUCACGUGACUGCAAUGGCCAAUGGGAAAAUUCAAGCAGUUACGAAGAAAGCCGCAGAAUCAUCAUUGCUCAAGUCCAGCUUAUAACCUACAACGGAUUCCUGUCUUUACUGCCGGGGGAGGAGUUGGCUGAACAGCCGAAAUUGAGGCCACUUCUGAGCUGUUACGACAGAAGCUACAACAAGGAAACUGACGCUAGAGUUUCUAACGAGUUUUCCACGGCCGCUUACCGUUCUGGUCACAGCACGCUACAGAUGUUGUCAAGAAAAGGAGCGAAAACAUCUAUUCAACCAUAGUGAAUCAAAAUUUGAUGCAGCGUCAAAUACGCAGUUAGCCAAAACUUCAACC